AUGUCUAAAAAUGCUACAGAUGUGAAAGUUGCUUUAUUUUUAAAUGCCGCUGGUGAGGAAGCAGUUGAAGUGUUCAACACGCUCAAUCUUUCAACAGGAGAUCAGGGUAACUAUGAAAAAGUGCUUGAGAGGUUUGAAGCUUUCACGACACCUAGAACAAAUGUUGUGGUGGAGAGAUUUUUAUUCAAUAAGAGAAAACAAGAAGAAGGGGAACUUUUUGAUUGUUUCGUGACUGACCUGAAAAAACUUGUAAAAUCUUGCGAAUUUGGUGAGCAGAGUGACUCUGUCAUACGUGAUCGCAUUGUCCUUGGAGUAUCAGAUGCCAGUUUACAGGAGAGGAUGCUGCGAGAAAAUAAUCUGAGUUUGGAAAAAGCAAUUGAAUUAGGGAAAGCAGCUGAAUUGAGCAAAGCUCGUGCUCAAACGUUAAGAGAACACAAUGUUGACAGCGUAACUAGAGGGAAAGUGAAGCAACAUCUGGCAGGAGGAGCCAAUGCAGCCUUAGCAGUGAGGAAGCACAGAGGAUGGCGUGAUGACACUUCAAAUACUGAGACAUCUUUAUGUAAAAAAUGCAACAGACAUCACGUUAAUGGACAGUGUCCGGCAUAUGGAAAAAAAUGCUUUAAUUGUGGCAAACUAAAUCACUUUUCGACUAUGUGCAGACUGAAGCACGUCCAAAAUGUUUCUCAGCAUGGUAACGCAGAUGUAUAUAGGGAAUCUGAUGAUGAAUUCUUCGUGAAUUCCAUAAAUGUUCAAAGAACUAAAAGUGUGUGCUCAACAUCGUCUACAAAAGAGUGGACUAAAACUAUAAUUGUUGAAGGGACAACUGUGACUUUUAAGUUGGACACAGGGUCUGAAUGUUUCGCCUGUGAAAACUUACGAAACACUGAGUGCUAA